CUAGCUUUCUUUAAUCAGCUUGCUUGCCGGGCAUAGAUAUACUACAACCCAUUACCCUGAUGCCAGGCCUUUGCCGUUUACAACAGCCAUAGUCAUCACUCUGCGCCAACAUACCUACUCCAUAGGCAUUAAAUUGGAUGACGCACGUUCAGAGUUGCCCAUUAGUUUCCAGUCAUCACGAAGUAUUUCAUCGAACAACAAACGUUCAGUCGACAUGACGUCGCAUAUCCCUUCCAUGACCCUUCCGCGCUUCGUAUUCGAGGCUCCAGCGGCUUCAAUCCUUCUACCCGUUGCUCUCGGUACCGCUAUUGGCUAUUCUACACGCCCUAAACGUACGAAGGCCACGUACGCAACUUUGAAAAACCCACCAGGCAAUCCUCCAGCCUGGGUGUUUGGUCCAACAUGGACCGGUCUGUAUGCUAUGAUGGGCUAUUCUGCCUACCGCGCGUGGAACAUCGGCAUGUCGUCCAUGAAUCCCCAUACGGUUGAGUUGGCGAAGCAUGGAGCGACGCUAUAUACGAUCCAGCUAGGCUUGAAUCUCAUUUGGAUGCCACUGUUCUUUGGCAUGGGAAAGCCGAUCGCGGCAUCGGUUGACAUCGUAGCUUUGACCAGUGUGACAGGAUACUUGGCUUACAUCUGGGGCCAGGUUGAUGCCACCAGCGGAUGGUUGCUGGCGCCAUAUCUUGCCUGGCUCGGAUUUGCCAACUAUCUGUGCCAUGGUGCGGGCUACCUCAACAACUGGGACUUCAGCGGCAAGGUAGGCACGUUCAAGAGACAGUAAAUGUCCUUAUUCGAUCAAUUUACGCUUGUACAUAUAUUUUCAGAACUGCUACUUGUGGCUAGAGCCAGCUCAGAGCUCGUCCAGUACUCCUAACCGAGCGUCUUUGCUAGCUGCAGCCGUAUGGCUAUGAACCGAGGUACUAGCAUUCCUAGCAUACAGAGACUCUCGUGCGCUGUUGAGAAUUUGUUUAGCAUCAACGGGUAUAGCCAGUUCCUCAACGUUGAAUGACAAGUUCGCAGAGGGGGUGUGGAGGCUCGACUGGGGGUUUGACGGUUCUAUAAAGAACAAGAAGUAGAGCAUCGCCAGUAGGACUAUGAAAGGGGUGGUGGACGCAGCAACCCAUUUGAUGACCCGCGCACGUU